AUUGCAAGAAUAUGAAUCGAAUGCUUUGGUGUCAACCCAUUUGGAGCUGUGGUUCCUUGUCCACGUUUGGAACUUAACUGAUAAAAUUUUCAAUGAUAUUGAGGGAAUGGAAGCGGUCAGGGGAGAAUCGUGUAGCCUGUCGUCAUCAGCAAGAAAAAAUCGUGAAAGAACUGCGGCUGCGGUAGUAGAUAUGAAAAGGAAGAUAUUUGGGAGGAGAGGUGACCUCAAUUGA